AUUCGCAGACUUCUCAGAUGGGCAGAUAGUAGUAGUUUUACAAACGCGAAAUGCCAGCAUCUUUUGUAAACAAAAGUUGACUGUCGUUCGGAAGCUUGCUCGUGCAUUAAAUUUGUAUUUUUCGUAAUUUAUUUAUAAGCAGAACGUGAACUUGUCAGUUACAGAAACUUUGUACCAGCAGUCCUACCUGAGUUUGACAAAAAACGCGAAGAGUUGAGUCUCGAAUGAAUUUAGUGUCACUGCUGUGUUAGGCAAAGCGAGACAAAAUUGAGUGAAAACAUUGGACACGUCGCGGGUGCAAUAAAAUUAGUUUUGCAAUUUUGUAUUGUUAGGAAAGGUCUACAUUUAAUAUAGAAGCUAGAGUAUCGUUCUUUCUGUAAUGGACGAUAUGUUGCACCUGUACUGAAAAAUUAGUGCUAGAAUAAUAUCAACGUUUUUGCAGAAUAGGCAAAAAAAUUAUUCCACUCAAAAUGGACGAGACGGUAAUGCUCAUUCUGUUAGUUAUUGUAAUGCUUGUUGGUUCGUACAUAGCAGGGAGUAUUCCUCUCAUCGUUUCGUUAUCUGAGGAAAAACUCAAAAAUGUAUCUAUUUUCGGCGCUGGUCUGUUGGUCGGAACAGCUCUGACCGUUAUCAUUCCCGAAGGCAUCCGCUCUUUGUACGACGAAAGUAAUCUGGAACCUAAAUCUGUAGGCACAUCGUUGGCACCGAAUCACAAGCACAAUGCUGAUGAACAUUCCUCAACUAUCGGACUAUCACUGGUGCUGGGAUUUGUAUUUAUGAUGUUGGUGGACCAGGUUUCUUCCCGUCGAAAGGAAGGUUCCAAUGAACGUAAUUUAACCGCUACCAUCGGUUUAGUGGUACACGCAGCAGCUGACGGGGUAGCAUUGGGAGCUGCGGCCACCACUAGUCAUUCGGACGUUGAAAUAAUCGUAUUUUUAGCUAUCAUGCUUCACAAAGCUCCAGCUGCUUUCGGAUUGGUCAGCUUCCUGUUGCACGAAGGUAUCGAGCGCCAAAGGAUACGAAAGCAUCUACUGAUUUUUUCCCUGUCGGCACCGCUGUUAACCAUAUUGACCUAUUUCGGGAUUGGUAGCGAACAGAAAGAAACUCUCGAGUCUCUCAAUGCCACAGGCAUCGCGAUGUUGUUUUCCGCUGGUACGUUCCUGUACGUAGCCACAGUUCACGUUUUGCCAGAAUUAACGCAUAAUGCCGGACACGGUGGUCAUCACAGCCACCAUGAUUACAACCUGCUCGAACAACAGUCUGCGCUACCAAUCGAUGGGAAAACAGCUAUCGUCCGGGGUGGAAGUGGGUUAAAAAACACUGAACUGGGUCUGUUAAUUCUGGGUGCUCUGAUGCCUUUGUUUCUGACCAUGGGACACCACCAUUAGUGUGGACAACAAUAAACUGAAUCAUUGCCAAACUUUCUAAUUAAGUAUCGGGAUCAUAAUGCAAUUAGAACAAGUAUGCGAACAAAACCAAUCAAAAGCGGAGUGAGGCGCAACAUCAGAGAUUGACCAUUCUAAAAUGAACAUCUUUAACCAGGCCCCGUUGAAUUUUUGAUGACUGUUUUCGUGAACUUGAUCAAUGAAUGUAUCCAUUUCUGACAAUUUUGUUUCCAAAUGUUUCUUUCUGUUCGGUUCAUUUAUACAUAAGUGCAACAAAGGCAAUGCGAAAGACUUAGACUUUACUCGCCAUUUGGCUAUUUUAUUUGUAAUAAUAUAGAUUUUUUUAAGCGAGAGUGACGUACUCUGGGCAGUGAAAAAAAAAUAAAAUGAGGGCAAGAAAGCAUGCAAGCUUCUGAAUGCACCCGAAGCGGAUACAAAUUAAUGGUGAUAUAGGUAAUGUAAUAUGUCAUUGUCCAUAAAGCUAACACACGAGAUCUCACCGAGAGAUAAAGGCGUGUAAGGUAGUGUAAAUAGAUUUUACACUACUUUUAUCAUUGCACAUACGGAUUGAGAUGAUAGGCAACAGUAACCUACCUAGCCUGGAAGGGUUUGAAAUAGUUUAGAUAUAGAUCUGUACGAGAAUGAGUCCGUGAGAUUUUUAACGAAACUGUUGUAACACGUGUUGAUGUACACUAAGGCAAAAUGUUCAGCUCAAGGGUAUGCAAUAAAUAAAGGCAUGAAUAGCUAAGAA